AUGGUGCUCGAAAAUGAGGAGGAAGCUUUCGAACCGGCCGGCGUGGUGGCAACGUCGGAUGGGGAUGCGGUGGUCGAGACCUGGCCACUCGUUGGUAGGUUCCUGGCUGCUAAGCUUGUGAAGUUGGAGUAUAUGCGGCAGGUUAUGGCGUUUGUCUGGAAGCCUGUCAAGGGUGUUCAGGUCACGGAGCUACAGUCGAAUAUCUUCAUGUUCGUCUUCUUCCAUGCCUCGGAUAUGCAUUACGUCAUUGACGAGGGGCCUUGGUCUUUUAAGAACUGCAUGCUAGUCUGUCGAUCGGUGAAGGAUGGGGUGCUACCGGUUAAUGUGCCUUUGGAUUCAGUUGAUAUGUGGGUUCAACUCCACGACCUCCCCUUUGGUUACACUUCUGAAGCGAUCUUGGAACAUAUUGGGAAUUACCUAGGGACCUAUGUGAAGGGGGAUGACCGGUUCACUGGGGCUCCAUGGCUCAAUUUCUAUCGCAUUCGGGUGUCUAUGCCGGUGCACAGGCCUAUCAAACACCAAAUGAAGCUGCUCAAGCGGGAUAAGAUGUGGUGUUGGGUCUCGUUUAAGUAUGAACGUCUGCAUGGUUUUUGUUUUUUCUGCAGCAUGAUGGGGCACACUUACAAGUUCUAUUUGAAGGCUAAGGAGGUGGGUGUUCUAGUUGAGCAAUAUCCGUUUGGGGCAGAUUUGCGUGCGGGGACACGCCGAGGGCCGCGGGCUAUCGGGGAAAAUUGA